CUCUCUCUCUCUCUCUUCCUCCCCUUUCCACUCUCUCUCCUACUUUGCUCUUUCGUUCAGACAACUUGGUCCUCAGAAAGGUAAAUGGACGAGGGAUCAACCGGAGCCUUAGUUCCGGCGGUGAAGACAGAGCCUGUGUCUUCGUCGAUUUCAGCGCCUUCAAUUCCCGAUUGCUCACUUGCCGAGCUCGACACCGUCGUCGAGGCUUCAGCUCAGUUGGAUAAGGACUUUCUCUGCCCAAUUUGCAUGCAGAUCAUUAGGGAUGCGUUCCUCACUGCCUGCGGUCACAGUUUCUGUUAUAUGUGUAUCAUCACUCAUCUUCGCAACAAGAGUGAUUGCCCUUGCUGUGCUCAACAUCUCACCUCCGACCAGCUGUUUCCUAACUUCUUGCUUGACAAGCUACUGAAGAAGACAUCUGCUCAUCAAAUAGCAAAAACUGCAACCCCCAUUGAACUUUUUCGUCAUGCUUUACAAGAGGGCUGUAAUGUGUCAAUUAAGGAGUUGGAUUCCCUCUUGGCAAUGCUUUCUGAGAAGAAGAGAAAGAUGGAACAGGAAGAAUCUGAUAGAAAUAUGAAAAUUUUAACAGAUUUCUUACAUUGCCUGAGGAAGCAAAAAGUAAGCGAACUCAACGAGGUGCAAACUGAUCUCCAGUUUAUUAAGGAGGACAUAAGUGCAGUGGAGAGACAUAGGAUGGAGCUGUCUUGUGCAAGGGACAGGUAUUCCAUGAAGCUACGAAUGGCUGGAAAUGAUAUGAAAGCUAGGGAACCUUGGUCAUCAUUAAUGGAUAAGAGAAACGAAGGGCCUACCUCUACUUCUUUGAAUACUUGGGGUGUCGUGUCUGCCGGGAAUUUUCAAAAUAAGAAAGCAGAUUCAAGGAGUCAUGUCAGCACUUAUGGACUCUACAAAAAGGAUGCAUUAAAUGCACCAGAACCACAAGUGAAUCAUACUGGUCUAUCUGUUGCAAGGAAAAAACGCGUCCAUGCUCAGUUCAAUGACCUACAAGAAUGUUAUCUGCAAAAGAGACGUCAGCUGCCAAAUCAACUGCUUGACCCGCAGGAAAAGGAUAAAAAUGUAAUACACAGAGAAGGAUAUAAUGCAGGCCUUUCAGAUUUUCAAUCAGUAUUGACUACCUUCACGCGAUACAGUCGCUUGAGAGUCAUUGCUGAACUUAGACAUGGGGACUUAUUUCACUCAACCAACAUAGUAUCAAGCAUUGAAUUUGACCGAGAUGAUGAGUUAUUUGCUACUGCUGGUGUUUCUCGAUGCAUAAAAGUCUUUGACUUCUCUUCGGCUGUAAAUGAACCUCCCGAUGUCCACUGCCCUAUAGUGGAAAUGUCAACACGUGCAAAAUUAAGUUGCUUGAGUUGGGACAAGCAAUCAAAAAACAUUAUAGCAAGCAGCGACUAUGAGGGUAUAGUAACAGUUUGGGAUGUAAAUAGAGGGCAGAGUGUGAUGGAGUAUGAAGAGCAUGAAAAACGUGCUUGGAGUGUUGAUUUUUCCCGCACAGAACCGUCAAGGCUGGUGUCUGGUAGUGAUGAUUGCAAGGUCAAAGUUUGGUGCAUGAAACAGGAGGCCAGUGUCCUUGAUAUUGACAUGAAAGCUAAUAUAUGUUGUGUGAAAUUCAAUCCUGGAUCCGGCAAUCACAUUGCUGUUGGUUCAGCAGAUCAUAAUAUUCAUUAUUAUGAUCUAAGAAACAUCAGCCAUCCACUUCACAUCUUCACUGGUCACAAGAAAGCUGUGUCAUAUGUAAAAUUUCUAACCAACAGUGAGCUUGCUUCUGCAUCUACAGACAGCACUUUACGAUUAUGGGAUGUAAAGGAAAAUCUGCCAGUUCGUACCUUUAGGGGCCAUACAAAUGAGAAAAACUUCGUUGGGCUGACCGUGAAUAAUGAAUACAUUGCUUGUGGCAGUGAAACAAAUGAAGUCUUUGUCUACCACAAGGAAAUAUCCAGACCUCUGACGUGGCAUAGGUUUGGUUCACCUGAUGUAGCUGAUGUGGAGGACGAUGUGGCAUCUUAUUUCAUCAGUGCUGUUUGCUGGAAGAGUGACAGUCCUACUAUCCUCACUGCUAACAGUCGAGGAACAAUUAAGGUGCUGGUUCUUGCAGUUUAAUAAGUUCAGUUUGACCUUUUAGGAAUAGAAAUUCUAUAGAGAUGCGUCUUUAGCUCAAUUGUAUGUAAUGCUCACGAUAGUCCACAUAUUAGGGAAAUACAACACAGAUGGGCCUUUUUUGAGUUAAAGCUAUGUGUACCCAUCAAAAACCUGGGUGGGUUAUUUUAUACCUAGCCUCUGGUGACCAUCUAUUCCUCUAUCCACACCCUAUUAGCAAUAGUCAAUAUGUCCUCGAACCAAUCAUCGGUUUGAAAGCUAAGAUUGUUUCUUUAAAAUGGUUAUGAAUAUGAUGAACUACUAAAUAGAAUGCCCUUGUACUUAUAACAAGCCUUGAAAUAGCAUCUUCACUUGUAUAUGAUUCAUCAAAAGAUAAUGGAGAACAUGGGGUAGUUUGGGGUUGAGCUGUGAGGCAGCGAGAGAAAGGACUUGACCAGUGCAUUAUUCAAGUAUUUGAUUUCAAUCUUAUUAACUUUUGGACCAUAUUGCACUCUAAAA